AUUAACCAGGAAUUCAUUAACCUCAGGAGAAAACUUCAGCAAUCACAGAAAUACUGAAAUGACAGACAACGGAUGACUGGGCAUUUUCAGAGGACAAAAAAGAAAUACACAGAAAUACAUUUCAGGUGUAGACCUUUAUGUCAUCACAACAAACCACCUCCACAGCAUUUAUGGAUCUACGCAUUGUGUUCAAUACGUGAACACACACUGCAGGGGCAAAGUCUUGGGCUUAAAUGGAAACGGGUUUGUAUAAUUUUCCUAGAAGUUUGCAGCAACGGAACUGUUUGUUGCUCCUCCUGGAUGACCAACAUGUGAUAAAAGACUAGUUUAAAAACAUGAUGAAUGUGGAGGAAGUACAACCUGAACCAGAGCAGCACAGAGAGAGGGAGACGCAGGGCAGCUUUCUGUGUGGGAGGGGCUUUGGAUAUAGAAAUACUUUGAUCUUAAUAAUAGGCUAACACAAGUCAAUAGUGUUGAGGACGACGUGAGUGCAAUAGUCAUGGCAGGAGAUAGGGCACUGGAAAAGUGGAACAGAGGAGAUACGGCUGUGCUUUCCAAUACGGAUGAAGAAAAAGGGACUGAACGUGCUAAAAAUUUGUCUCAUUCUAUUGAGGCGAUACUGAGGAGACCCAUGUGUGAGAGGGAAGAGAGGAGAAUUCACCACAACUGCUCUGUGAUUAAAGAGAAGACCAGUGAAGUGGAGCCACCAUCAUCUACAGAAACCCAGCCAAACAAACAAGUGGAUGCGUCUCCCAAAGCCAAGACAGGAUGCAAAAGUCAGAGAAAGAAACGACAAACCAGGGUCACGUUCACACUGUUCCAGGUGGCCGAGAUGGAGAAGGUCUUUCAGCUGACGCACUACCCAGAUGUCAACACCAGGGAACAGUUGGCUUCCUCGCUGCACCUCACUGAAGCACGGAUACAGAUAUGGUUCCAGAACCGCCGAGCCAAAUGGAGGAAAAACGAAACUCUGAAGGACUUAAAUCUGUUUUCCAGACAACACACAACCAGCCAACAGCUGCAUCAGUAUGAGGAGCCCUCACUGCAGGUGGGCAGGUGCUGGCUCCCAUGCUGCCAACCUGAACCUCUUCAGUCGUGGCUGUUCUUCAUGUCUCCAUCAUCGCUGACCCUGUUGACUGACACACACUCCACAGAUUACAGGACUCUCAAUUUGGACCUGCUGAGAACAAAUCGAUAACACCUGUAGUAUUCACAGAUGGAGAUUUUUUUUAUUACUAUUAUUACAGUUAUUUCAUGUACAUUCAAUAAGAUGGCAGAUUGUAUUGUGCAAUAUCUAAAAUGCAAUUACCUUUGUUCCAUGAAUAGUCUCUGUUUUAUGGCUAUUAAAAACCACUCAGGUAUUCACCAACAUAUUGGUGCAGAUAUAGGUUUGUAGCUGUGCUUCGUUGUUGCACUAAGUUCUUCUUAUGACACUACAGUUUCUUGUCAGCGAUAAGUUACAGCUCAGCCAUAAACAUCUGUUUGACUUUCUGUCAACCUUUACUUAUCUUAAUUUUGGAUUGUAAAUGGAGGUUAGUGGUGGGUCAACCUCAACGUUUAUAGAACAUGUGAAAUGGGAUUAAAGUGAAAUCAUUGAUAGCGUUAUAACCGGCUGUGUUAUCAGGAUGUGUAAUGUUUAACUCCCAACACUUUUAUUUCAUAGCUUAGGCUAAUGCUGCUGUGUUUCACAACCUUCUGAGUAAUCAUUCAAUUUUUUUUAUCAACUUUGUCACCAUUUUUUCUUACGUGACCUGGAUCGCUGGACUUCUGAGAACCAUUGUUUAAAUAAUUACCAAUUAUAAUAAAGAUAAGACAGCAUCGCCUGUACUAUGUUACUAAACAGCCAGCCCAAAACUGAUUACAUCGAAUAAGCCUCUAAUGACUGCAGAUGAACUUUUCACCCUGUUUGUCCUUCCUUUAUUGCAGGUUCUGCAAGAUUAAGUGUACACUCGCCGCAGGUUUGAAAUUAAACCA